AAAAAAUGGUCAUCUGCAGUCUUGAAAGAAUUGCAGUGCAAAAGGAGAAUAUUCAACUAAAGACUGCGAGAAGAUCACUUAGCACCUGCAACAAAUAUCUCCUUGAGACACAACUGCAGAAAACCAAUAAGGACUCACGAGAACUCGACAGUGUCUUCAAUAGCCAGAGUUUGGAUUUGCCUGUAAUUACAAAGUCUUCAGUGUUACAGGAUAUAGCCAGAAGACAGAAAUCUGUUUCUACACAGUACUGGGGACUUGACGGUUUCUUUGUUGUAGGUGCAAACCCUAAACAAGUUAUGCUUGAAGCACAUUCUCCGUGUACUGACUCUAGCCCUAGGAACAGUGGUAGCUCGUUUCCAGGAGAUGGAAAGUGGGUUACUGAAAGGAGCUUAAGCGAAUAUGCUGACAACUCUGUAGUUCAAAGUGUCUUACAAAGUCUGUUGAAUAGACCUUCAAGUGGUUUGGACACUCAAAAUAGAAUUUCUCCUCUGAUACUACAGUGGGAGUCGUACCCAGGAGAUGAUUCUAGAAGACCUUGGUCAAUGAAUACGCUACACCGUAAACUGACUGGAAAUUGUCCCCCAAGCCCUCAGCCAAGACCAAAGAGUUCACCUGGGCCUGUGCUUGGAGUUAGUACUGAGAUAUCAAAACACAAGUGCCGUGGUGUAACUAAACAAGACGAGCAUCUUUGGGAAUAUAUUGCUGAUGAAGAAGCCUUACUGACUCUGGGAAAAGAAUUACUAAGUUAUACAGGUCCUGAAAAACAUUAUAGCUUAACUUCUGAAGAUGUAACCUCCUCCAGCAGACACCCAGAAAAGAUAUGUAGAAAGAGUACAGACUUCCAUAAAAACCUGGAGCUAAAGGACCACAGCAGGGUUGAUAGUCUCAGGGGCUGGGAUGAAAGCCAAAUGGAUGAUGAGGAAGAAAUUCUGGAGGAUAAGCACCAGGUUCUUGCAUUACAGUGA